GCCAUUACAAUAUCUCAAUACAUACUUAAGUGUUUUCAAGAUGUACCUACACCCUCUGAGGCCAUCUCGUCAUCAAGUUGAAGCUCGCUCAAACGCACGCACCAACCCCCGCAAUAUGCAGAUCCAUUAAGGCUGAAAUAUUAUUUUUACAAGACAGACGAGGCCUCAAUCCCGCCUUGUCUAAAAUUCUCACAAUCACAAUUUAAUUCUCCAUUGAUCCUCAUAUCCCUCACAAAAUGCCACCUCGUAUACCAUUUCGUUCUGCCCAGGCAUUAAAACGCAACCUCCUAAGUUCCAAUUCACAAAAUGUGUCGAUUUUAGAGAUUAGACCCCUCCAAUUGAGCAUACCCACUCGAUAUCAAAAUACCCCUCACCACCGUUCCCUGAGCAGUAGCUCUUUUCUCCAACUCCAUUCUACUCCAACACUUCUCAAGAAAAAAGACAAGGGCAAUAAAAACACUUCUUCCGAAUCAGAUAGUUCCUCCAACUCUUCCUCCGCAGCAGCAGAAGAUAAUGAUCCUUUUGAUUUUUCCACUCUACAAGCUGGAAUUGACAAAUCUCUCGAGAAACUCAAGAAUGAUUUAGGGAAAUUACGAACUGGAGGAAGAUUCAAUCCAGAGGUAUUAGAGGGGUUGCGAGUUAAGUUAGGGAAAGAUGCAAAAGAAAGUUUUCGGUUAGGUGAUUUGGCGCAGGUGUUGCCGAAAGGGGGACGAAGUGUCGUUGUGCUUGUUGGGGAGAAGGCUCACAUCAAACCUAUCCUCUCUACUAUCCAAUCCUCCACCCUUUCCCUCCAACCCACGCCCGAUCCACAGAACCCUCUCGCCCUAAACAUCCCCAUACCACCACCCACCAAAGAAUCCCGCGAUGCAGCACUACAAGCAGCUUCGAAAGCAGGAGAAAUAGCCAGUAAUGGGGUACGUAAUGCGAGAGGAGCGAUGCAGAAAAAGUUAAGAGCGAUGGAGGUAAAGAAGACGGUUAGACCUGAUGAUUCAAAGAAGGCGCAUAAGGAGAUGGAGAAAGUUGUUGAGAAAGGGAAUGGAGAGGUGAAGAAGAUCGUUGAGGCGGCGAGAAAGGGAAUGGAGCAGGCCUAGAAAAUCAGGGAAAAGGAGCUUUAGAUGAUGAGAGUGGAGUUGUUAGAAGCGAUAAAAUGGCCUCGGAGAGAUGUAUGUUCAAAAAAAGAUUUUACAAGCUGGGACUGUAAUGUUAUGGAGAUUUAAAA